UGCAGAGAAGCGGGUAGCCGGGCUGGAGAGCCGCGCGACCUGCCGGCGUGCGCGCCACGAAACUUUGGUCCCCAGUGCGGUGCAGGGACCCCCUGCGGGAGCACGGUGGCGCGCCCCUCUCUUCUCCUGGCGCUACCUGGGGCCUCGGCGUUACCCCACUCCCUGCCGAGGGAGAGCGACUUCGGGACUGCGUGUGGCCGGGAGCACCGGGGUGGCGCAGCAGCGGAGACCUUGCGCCCAGGGGUCCCAGCUCCCCGACCCGAACGACUCUGGAACAGGCACUGCAGGCAGAAUAGAGAUCUAAAGAGAAGCAGUAUGGAGAAUGACUUUCGUGUCCUGACGUUCCAUUGAGGCCUCUGUUCUCGCUGUUUUGCAGAAUGAAGAUAUUCCGAUGCUGCUUUAGAUACACCCUCCAGCAGAAACUCUUCGUCCUCUUCUUAACCCUGUGGCUAUUUUCCUUGUUGAAGCUCCUAAAUGUGGGCAGGUUCCUCUUCCCUCAAAGAGACAUUUACUUGGUUGAAUACUCCCUAAGUACGUCACCAUUUGUAAGGAACAGAUUCCCCGAGACUGGGGACGCAGCCAGGGACGACGUUAACUGCUCGGGGGUCUACGAGCACGAGCCUUUGGAAAUCGGCAAGAGCCUGGAAAUCAGAAGACGGAACAUCAUCGACUUGGAGGACGGUGAUGUCGUGGCAAUGACAAGUGACUGUGACGUUUAUCAAACCCUGAGACAGUACGAUGAAAAGCUCGUUUCAAGAGAGGAGGAGGACUUCCCCAUAGCCUAUUCGCUGGUCGUCCACAAAGAUGCCAUUAUGGUUGAACGGUUGAUCCGAGCUAUUUACAACCAGCACAACCUUUACUGUAUCCAUUACGACCUGAAGUCACCGGACACGUUCAAAGCUGCCAUGAACAACCUAGCUAAGUGCUUCCCCAAUAUCUUCAUCGCUUCCAAAUUAGAGACUGUGGAGUACGCUCACAUAUCCAGGCUCCAGGCCGACUGGAACUGUUUAUCAGACCUCCUCAAGUCUUCCGUUCAGUGGAAGUAUGUCAUCAACCUCUGUGGGCAAGACUUUCCCCUAAAGUCAAAUUUUGAAUUAGUGACAGAGCUGAAAAAACUCCAAGGAAGGAAUAUGUUAGAGACCGUGAGGCCUCCCAGUGGUAAGAUGGAGAGGUUCACCUACCAUCAUGAGCUCAGACAGAUGCCUUAUGAUUAUAUGAAGCUCCCGGUAAAGACAAACGUCUCCAAGGGGGCGCCCCCUCACAACAUCGAGGUCUUUGUAGGCAGCGCCUAUUUUGUUUUAAGUCAAGCAUUUGUUAAAUACAUUUUCAACAGCUCCCUCGUUGAAGACUUUUUUGCCUGGUCUAAAGAUACGUACUCUCCCGAUGAGCACUUCUGGGCCACCUUAAUCAGGAUACCAGGAAUACCGGGGGGGAUCUCCAGAUCGUCCCAGGACGUGUCUGACCUGCAGAGUAAGACCCGCCUGGUCAAAUGGUAUUACUAUGAAGGCUUUUUCUACCCCAACUGCACUGGCUCUCACCUUCGAAGUGUGUGUAUUUACGGAGCUGCGGAAUUACGGUGGCUCUUAAAGGAAGGGCAUUGGUUUGCGAAUAAGUUCGAUUCUAAAGUUGACCCCAUCUUGAUUAAAUGUCUGGCAGAAAAACUUGAAGAGCAACAGAGAAAGUUGAUUGCUUUCUCUUCAGAGAAGUUCGUUACAGAGGGAAAUGCCAAAGCCACACAUCAUAAGCUGACUAAGGGCUAGAGGGUGUCUGUUACAAAGAGUUAAGUGACAUGGAAUUACACACCCAUGCCAUGCCCAACAGCACCUGAACUUAAUAGUUUUUCCAAGGUUGAAACUUCUACAGAUCUCCCUGCCUGGGCUUUGAGCCCACAAUUGGCUGGUGUUUAAGUACUGGAUUCGCUUGUCAUCUUGCUAAGUCAGGGAUGUUAAAUGUUCAGUGAUAUCACAUUUAUUGAACACCUAACAGUGCACCGGGCACUUUAUCAAAAGACACCCAAGAGUUCAGCCUAAGUUGCAGUGACUUGUGCCCUUGGGGAGCAGCCUUUACCCUCCCAGUGUGGCAACUGUUGUGUUUCUUGUUUCCGUGUAACGAGGGUGCUACUGAAGCCAACUCUGGGGUCUGUGCUAAUAGCACAAGCCACUCCCUCUGAAAAGCAUGGGAGUGUGAAGCCAGCCCUCCCCCUUCUCUCACUUUAGCAACCGGAGACCUUUUUGAAUCGUUAGAAUAUUAGGGAUUCCACUACCUCAGGGAAGCUCAAAGACGUGUCCGAUCGCCUGCUUGCCAAAGUAUAAUUUAUGUACCUUUUGGUGCCUCACUUUUCUGAUUCAGGGUAGAGGGAGUGCUGUUGGUGUGAUGUUUGUAGGGUAUGGUUCUCUGAGAAGGCAGAGGGGCAGGCAUGGGUGGAAAGGAACAGAGGUUCAAUUCAACUUUGCAUUUGUUAUACAAUGGUGUCACAACUGGCUUUCUUUUUAAUUCACUUGUUUCUUUAAAACACAGGUACUGAUAAAGAUAAAACUGGGAACUAGUUCAAAAUGUCAUAGGCCAGAACCCCAGGCCCACACUUGUCAUUUUAUAAGGUAACAUUAUAGAUACAAUUGUAUCCUUGACACAGGGGGACACUUCUGACAGGGUUCAUAGUUCUGUUCUAUGUAAGGGCCCAGUCAGUAAGCUUUCUUAGAAGGAUUUUGUGAAAUAUGACAGCUUUCUCAGUUGGUUAUUGUUGUCAUUCAUUUUCCUUUUUUAAACAAAAUGGAGUCAAAAUUCAAAAUCGUUAACACUUCGUGUUAGUGCAGCAUUUUUCUCAACUAAGCACCAAAGAGAAUAUUAUUACCCUUAUUUUACAAACACCCACACUCAGAAUCAUUUUACAUGCACACACAUACACAUGCACACAUACACAAACAUUCGCACAGAUGGGGGAGGGGCAGAGGCCCAUCGAAACUGAAUGUAUUGGGUAUUGUGCUGCUGAGCCACAGUCCUGAGAACAGGCUGCAACAUUACAACAGUCUCUGUGGAGGGUAGGACAUAUGUAAAAAUCCCUUGUGUUUUGAUAUCAGCCCCAAUAACUAAUUAUGUAGUGAUCAAGGCCAAAAUCAGAUUAUUUGAAAGACUGGAGUAUGUAAAUAUCAUUUUACACUUCUGUGCUCUGCAUGCACCAUGCUCUUGGCAUAUAUAACGGUUCAUAGCGCUAGCUGCUUUGUGGCCCCAUUUUGCUCCGUUUCUUUAUCUUUAACUCACCUUGCACCCCUUUCGAUACCCUUUGGAUGCUUUUGUUCCCUAGAAAACGUCUGUUACCAAGUUUCUAUCCUUAGAUGAUAAAGUAUAGAGGGUGGUUCGGCAGUUAGGAAAACAUACUGCUCUUGCAGAAGACCCAAGUUCUGUUCCCAGCACUCACACCAGGUG